AUGAACACAGACACCGGAAUCUACCUCUAUAAACCAAGCUUGGCUGGCGCGAUCAUUGCUGCAGGCGUUUUCGGCAUCAGCGCUUCCUACCAUGUGUUCCAGAUGGUCCGAAAGAAGGCAUGGUUUUAUAGCCCUCUCACAGUUGGCGCAUGUAUGAUGACGGCUGGCUACGUCUUUCGAUAUCUCUCAGCGAAAUCACCGGCAUCUCUGGGCCUUUACAUCGGUCAAUCUCUAUUUAUCAUUCUUCCACCUUCUCUUUACGCAGCCACUAUCUAUAUGAUAUACGGCCGUCUCGUCGUCUUCGUCGAUGCUCCCGACGCCUCGAUCAUCCGCCCUACACGCAUAACAAAGAUAUUCGUCUGUGGCGAUGUGCUCGCGUUCUUCAUGCAAGCUGGAGGCGGCGGCAUGAUGGCACAAGCAAGCAUGGCUACUAUGGGACAAACCACCAUGCUUGUUGGACUCUUCAUCCAGCUAUUUUUCUUCAGCUUUUUCCUUGUCAUCUCGCUCGUUUUUUGGAAGCGAUUGCGCAACUCCCCCAAAGGAUACAAGGUUGCCCAGCACGGCAAGUACACCUGGUCUGCUUUGCUAAAGCUCCUCCUGUCUGCUGCGGUGAUUAUCAUCUUACGCUGCGUAUUUCGAAUUGUGGAGUUUGGUCAGGGACAUGAUGGUUAUCUUGCCAGUCAUGAAGUGUACAUGUAUAUGUUCGACACAGUGCCCAUGCUUGUGGUUCAGAUCAUGUUUCAUUUCGUGUACGCUACUGAUGUUUUCGGUGCGGGUGCGGUAAGGGCAGGAUCAGCAGAAACAAGGGCGUGAUCUGCCCGAACCCCAUCGAGGAGUCCAUGACUACUGUCUCUUCUACGAGCCAACGAUUGUAGAUAAUCUGUGAAAGGCCAAACGACAUCAUGAAUAUCAACGGCGGAGACUUGGAGAUAAAUGACUGCCUGUACAUGCGCAGAGCUCUUACGUGGGUGUAUUUCAAACGUUUUCUGACCAAAUUUAGAAAACGUGUGCUCCCAAUUCUUUCCUUUUCGAAUCUGCGAAGCAUCGACCGAGCUGCUUUAGAAGUUUCCUCUGCCAAUACGUAUUGCAGAAGUGUGUCCAGUUCAUCCAUUGUGACCUGGUGUUGGCUUUGAAAGGCGAUUGUACCUAGGAUGAAGCCGAUCCUCUGUAGCCUGGUACCCAUACCAGGUUUCCGCGAUAUCAAGUCAUAAGUGGACAGGAUGCGUUUGCAGUAUUGCCACACCAGGAAU